AGAGAAAAUUACAGCCCUUGAGAGCUUCCGAAGAAUUUCACCUCUGGAUGCUGAUGAACUCCUUGGCGAACUCAAGACGUUUGAGAUCAACAAUAAUUAUGACAAAGUCAAAAGCAAGGGAUUGGCUCUCAAAGCUAAUGUAGUUGAGAAGAAAGAAGACAUCGAUGAUGAUGAUGAAGGUUCGACUGUGGAUGAUAGCGAGUUAAAAGAGGCCCUUGCACUGAUUACAAGAUACUACGGCAAGAUGAGUCGGAGACUAUACAAGAAUAAUUUCACUGGGAAAAAGGUCAACAAUCAUAGUAAGAACGUGGUUCAAGACAAGAAGAAUAGUGCGCCCUUUUCAAAACCUGACUCUCAACGAAUUGAGAAGCACCAAUGUUGGGAGUGUCGAGGAUUUUGUCACUUUCAGUACGAGUGUGCUAAUCUUAAGAAGAAGAACAAGUCUCAAAAAGCAACAUGGGAAGACUCAGAUGACGAAGGUUCAGACGAACCUCCAUCCCACACACGUAUUAUGGUAAUUCAUUCCUCAGUAAAGAAGUUCAUGUGCCUCACCACCUCACAUGUUCGACAAACAUCUGAAGCCAUGAAGAAGCUUCAAAGUGAAGUGCAUAAACUGACAAGGGAAAAUAAAAUGUUGAUCGAACAGUCCACCCCCUCCUUCACUGUUGAAAAAGAUAAUGAAUUAGAUACUGCAAAGGCUCGAACUUCCAUUCUCGAAGGUAGUGUCAAACUUGCUAAACAAGAUGGGUUGGAAAAGACUCAGACCAUUGAAUGUUUAAGGUCUGAACUAUUUUCAACUCAAAAACUUCUUACUAAACAAAACAAGGAAAUUUUGAAGCUCAAAAGUGAAGUUAGCCGACUCAUGACGAAUAUAC